AUGCAUUCUUCUUCAACUGUGUUACCUCCAAUUUCUGAUUUAUUCAACAAUAGCAAUAGCACGCAUAGCAUGUCCCGCUCUUCAGUACUUGAUAUAGCUAAUUUACUCUCAUCUCCUGCUACUUCAGAGGGCGACUACCACCCUCAUCAGUAUCACCAUGAUCACCAACAUCAUUCUCAUGCCACCACGCAUCAACGCACUGGUACGAAUCAUCGUGAUUUGAAAGCCAAGCGAAAGAGAGCCUCUCCAAAUCAAUUAGUAGUUUUAAACCGUGUCUUUAACCAAACUUACUUUCCAUCCACCGAGAUCCGUAUUGCACUUGGCAAGCAAUUGGGUAUGAGUCCUCGUACUGUGCAAAUCUGGUUCCAAAACAAACGCCAAGCGCUUCGUAGUCGUGGAAGACACGAUUCACCACCAUCUUCAUUCUAUCUUCCUCCCAUCUCACCACCAAGAUCACCUUCAUCUGAACUUUGCCAGCCCAACUUUUCCUUGCCUCCAUUAAGACUAAUCCCUCCAUAUUCACCUCACUACCAGCAACAACAAAACCAUCAUCAAUAUCACCAACAACAACAACAGUACUCACCUAGCAUGUCAUAUCCCAGCCCCAAUUCCAUCGACCAUCUUCCUUAUCGUGAAUACUAA